AACUUCAAGCCAAUUCUGAGAAAGUUACUAAGAUUUCUGAAGAUAAUUUGGAAAAUUCAUUAUAUUUGAAUAAUGACGAUAUUAGUACAGAUCAUGAGGAUAUUCAGAGGGAAAAUGAUAUUGAAGCUAGUAAAAUAACUGCAACAUAUAAAGCAGUUCACUACAAAAUGCUAUGCCAUAACUGUAUGGUUCAGAAAAAUAAUCUAAACUACAUGAACCUUACUUUAGAAGAAAUAGUUCCUAGAACUCCAGAAAAUAUACAGCAUAUUCUUAAUGAUAAUUAUAGAAAAGAGUUUUCUAUAUAUAAUAUUGCAAAUGCUUUUUGGAAAUUUCU